AGCAAAGGGGAUAAAGGAAACCAUUUGUAAUUAGCAGUACUUCUCAAUGGUGGGGUUCAAGAUCAUCUUAGGAUGGAACCAAUUUCAUCAUCAGUGGUUCAUUUUAUAUUAUUACUUCAGCUAAAGCUAAAAUGUCCACUAUUGCAGGCUAGCGGAGAGGAUGGUACCAUGGUGUUAGGGCCGUGGGGUGGAUCUGGUGGGAGCGCGUGGUCGUUUGAGAAUGCUCUGGCGAUCACCAAAAUCAAAAUUAGCAUGGGGCAUAUCAUUGAUUCAAUCACCUUCCAAUAUAUGGAUGGCGCGACAGCCCGCUGGUCCCCUAGGUACGGUGGUGCCGGAGGCCAGCCUACAGAGAUUGAGAUUGGACCAGCUGAGUUCAUCAUCUCCAUGAAGGGCUAUUAUGGUGCAUACGUAGGAACGAUAAUGAUAUACUCAAUCACUUUUGUUACCACCAUUCGCGAGUAUGGCCCUUAUGGCCAAGAGAAAGGAACUCAAUUUUUUGUUCCGAAAGGCACAGGUUUCAUCAGCGGCUUCCAUGGGUGCUCAGGUGACCAACUUGAUGCAAUUGGGGUCUACAUGAAAACAUCUAUUGAGCCUGCCGUUGCGGUAGGGCCAUGGGGUGGAUCUGGUGGGACUGCAUGGUCUUUUGAAAAUGCUUUGACGAUCACCAAAAUCAAAAUUAGCGUGGGGGAUGUCAUUGAUUCAAUUACUUUCCAGUAUAUGGAUGGCGACACAGCCCGCUGGUCCCCUACGUAUGGGGGUGCAGGGGGCAGUUCUACAGAGAUUGAUCUUGGAACCAACAAUAACCUCAAGGCUAUAUCUGGCCACUAUGGUGACUAUCAUGGCAUCAUCAUCAUAAAGUCGCUUACAUUUGUGACUACCACGGGCACCUAUGGCCCAUACGGUCAGGAGGAAGGAACCGCCUUCUCUCUUCCCCUGAAAGCUGGGAAAGUUGUUGGCUUCUUCGGACAUGCAGGUCAAUGGCUUGAUGCUCUUGGGUUCUACUUGAAGCAUUCUUCGGCCUAGUUAUUCCAGAUCAGCUAUGGAUCUCCGCUAGUAUGUUGUUGCAUUGUAAUGAAUAAUGGAGAUGCCAUCUCCACGCUUUGUUUGUUGUUGUCUUGUUGAUCUGUGCAACCAACUAUGUAUGCUUGCUUAUGAUCUAUCUCUUCAUAAUAAAUAGAGAUGUUAAGAACUGA